GCGGCGACUGUGCCACUCUGCUGAAGAAUAUCGGAGCGCUGCCGGUAGAGAUGGCCCGCAUGUACUUUGCUGAGACGGUGCUAGCCCUUGAGUAUUUGCACAACUAUGGCAUCGUGCACCGCGACCUCAAGCCUGACAACCUCCUUAUCACCUCCAUGGGUCACAUCAAGCUCACAGAUUUCGGCCUUUCCAAGAUGGGGCUCAUGAGCCUCACCACCAACUUAUAUGAAGGCCACAUCGAGAAGGACGCCCGGGAGUUCCUGGACAAACAGGUGUGUGGGACCCCAGAGUACAUCGCGCCCGAGGUCAUCCUGCGUCAAGGCUACGGCAAGCCAGUGGACUGGUGGGCCAUGGGGAUCAUCCUCUACGAGUUCCUGGUGGGCUGUGUGCCCUUCUUCGGAGACACGCCAGAGGAGCUAUUUGGACAGGUCAUCAGUGAUGACAUCCUGUGGCCCGAGGGGGAUGAAGCCCUACCCACAGAGGCCCAACUCCUCAUAUCCAGCCUCCUGCAGACCAACCCUCUGGUCAGGCUUGGGGCAGGCGGCGCUUUUGAGGUGAAGCAGCACAGUUUCUUUAGAGACCUGGACUGGACAGGGCUGCUGAGGCAGAAGGCCGAGUUCAUCCCCCACCUAGAGUCGGAAGAUGACACUAGCUACUUUGACACCCGCUCAGACAGGUAUCACCACGUGAACUCUUAUGACGAGGAUGACACAACGGAGGAGGAGCCCGUGGAAAUCCGCCAGUUCUCUUCCUGCUCUCCGCGCUUCAGCAAGGUGUAUAGCAGCAUGGAGCAGCUGUCGCAGCACGAGCCCAAGACCCCAGUAGCGGCUGCAGGGAGCAAGCGGGAGCCGAGCACCAAGGGCCCCGAGGAGAAGGUGGCCGGCAAGCGGGAGGGGCUGGGCGGCCUGACCCUGCGUGAGAAGACCUGGAGAGGGGGCUCUCCGGAGAUCAAGCGAUUCUCCGCGUCCGAGGCCAGUUUCCUGGAGGGAGAGGCCAGUCCCCCGUUGGGCGCCCGUCGCCGUUUCUCCGCGCUGCUGGAGCCCAGCCGCUUCAGCGCACCCCAAGAGGACGAGGAUGAGGCCCGGCUGCGCAGGCCUCCCCGGCCCAGCUCCGACCCCCCGGGCUCCCUGGAUGCACGGGCCUCCAAAGAGGAGACUCAAGGGGAAGGCACCUCCAGCGCCGGGGACUCCGAGGCCACUGACCGCCCACGCCCAGGUGACCUCUGCCCACCCUCGAAGGAUGGGGAUGCAUCAGGCCCAAGGGCUACCAAUGACCUGGUUCUGCGCCGGGCGCGGCACCAGCAGAUGUCGGGGGACGCGGCAGUAGAGAAGAGGCCUUCUCGAACUGGGGGCAAAGUCAUCAAGUCAGCCUCAGCCACUGCCUUAUCUGUCAUGAUUCCUGCAGUGGACCCACAUGGAAGCUCACCCCUUGCUAGUCCCAUGUCUCCACGAUCUCUGUCCUCCAACCCAUCCUCACGGGACUCCUCACCCAGCCGGGACUACUCACCAGCUGUCAGUGGGCUCCGCUCCCCUAUCACCAUCCAGCGCUCGGGCAAGAAGUAUGGCUUCACACUGCGUGCCAUCCGUGUCUACAUGGGUGACUCGGAUGUCUAUAGUGUCCACCACAUUGUCUGG